AUGUGGCGGCCGGAGCCGGCCUCGCCGGACUGCCCUGACCUGCUGCAGCACGUCCAGGAGCUGCGCUCGCCGUCCACCCCGCUUUACCUCAGCUUUUUCGAGGAAGAGUGUCGCGCCAUCGCCGCCCGCCUGCGCCUCGGGGCGGCUGCGGAGUCCCCGCCGGGCCAGGGGGAGCUCAGCGUGCUGCAGCCCGAGCCCGCCGGACCCGCCACCUCCACGCCGCUGCCCUUCCCGAGCCACGGGCGCGUCCCGGACUCGAGCGCGGGCGACUGCGAGGCCGCUGCUGCCCCUGCCCCUGCCGCCCCUGCCCCUAGCCUGAGCCCGGUCCCAGGGGAGCCCGGGUGCCUCCCACAGCCCGCGGCCAGCGAUGUCCCCGGCUCUCGCCCUCCCGCCCAGUCCCGGCGGGUGCGGCGCGGUCGCGGGCAGCCCUCCGGCGGUAGCCCUGGCACCCCGGGCCGCGGCCGCGCCGGGCUCGCUGUCCGCCGCGCACGGGCCUCGCUGGGGCUGCAGCUCCCCGCGGCCGGCACAGGGCGCGGCGCCUGCGAAACGCGGCUCGUCCGGCCCCCAGGGACCAGACUGAAGCUGCCGUCGCCUGCCAGGUCCAGGCUGCAACAUGCAAGUGGGGCUUCGCAGCAGUCACAGCCUUCCAGGCUUCCCAGACUCGCCCCCCGGGACAGAGGGGUGAAAAGUAGUUCUGCACCUGCCAGCAGCCUCACGCGAAGCCGGGAAGCACCUGCUGCCGAGGCUGGGAGCCGUAAACAGCCCUCCUCAAGGCUCUCUACAGCAAUUCCUGCCGUGGCUUCCUGCUCUUCACUGCGGCCUCUGGGAAAAGAGCUUCCGUCCAAGCGUUUGUGCCUCGAUAAAGGAUCAACUACACAGGAGCUGGUGAACAAUAUGACCCAAGAGCUGCAGAAAAGUGAGAGCAAAGUAAGCCUGGUUGCACCAAGGAUUGUCUUGAGAGCAGGUAAAACUAACCAGACGUGGGUUUAUGAGGAGUCCUCUUUGCCCAGUGAGUUGGCCCCUGGCCUGACUUCAGGGUGUGAAGAUGCAGUCCCUGCUGAGCAGUCUGCAGGUGAUCAGCUGUCCCAGGAACUGGAGCGUGUGAAGAAAGAGCUGGAGCAUGUGAAGAAAGAGCUGGAGCAAGUGAAGGGCGAGCUUGCUGUCAAGACUGCCCAGUGUGAAGCCUAUGAGCAGACAAUCUCCUCCUUGCAGGCUCAGCUCAGAGCAGCAGGUAUGUUCCCUCACCAUGGUGAGUCCUCGCUUCUGGGCAGGCUACAGGGACAGCUCCAGUGAUCCUUUGCUGGUGUAACUGAGGACUGUGAGGUGGUAGGGAUGCAGCUUAUGGCCUUUCCCAGGGGUCAGGUGCUGAGUUCCAGAAGCAUUGUUGCUUUGAUGUUGCUGGUUUUUCCCAGGAAUCUGUAUGAACGAUGAAGCAGUGUUCAACAUUGGUGACCCGAGGAGAGGCUGACAGCUGGGACAUGGAGAAAGACAACAGCCAUUGUCUGGCUGUGUGAGCCUCUGGGCCAGUGAUAUAUGUGGAGCUCUCAAAUGAAUUAAUUUUGUAGCUCCUUGUAUGUAAGUAAAAUAAAGGUGUCUUUUGCAAUGA